CGGCCCAAGGCAAGAGAAAAGCCCUCGUUCUCUCGGAGAACGAAGAGCAGGCUACAACCAGCUCUACAACUUCAAAGAAGUCCAAAAAACAAGGUUUGGACAUUUGAGCAAGUGGAACUUGUUUUGAGGUACAUAAAAGAUUACAAAACGAAGUGCGACUUCAGUGGAAUAGAUUUCGAAGCGGACCUAGCUUCCGUGUAUACAGAAAUACGUCGUUGUAUGGCCGUCGAUUUCCCAGACGAUUUUGGCCCUGAAGUUCUUACUGAGCCCACGAAAUCACUUAAAGCGAUGAGUGAGGAAGAACAUGAAGCUUUCAAGAGACAACGCGAUACUGAACGUUCUCAGACCAAGAAAGGUUACGACAGAGUGAAAGAGAAGAUAAGAAACGUCAGGCAAGAUUUCCGCGCAGCAGUAAACAAGGGAACAGGAAGCGGUAGUGGAAAAAUUGUGCAAGAAAAUUUUGAGCUGUUGUCUGAAAUAUGGGGUGGCUCGCCCGCUACAACGUCCUUGUCCUUUGGAAUUGAUGCAGAUUUAUUAGGAACAGACAAAAGUUUGGAAAUGGAUGUUGAAAGCCCUGAAGGUAUUUAUUUCAGCCUUGCUUUAUUGAACUUUUUCAAUUAGGAAGAACGAUUGACCCCCUCCCCCUCCCUUGUUGAGGACUUGCCUUUUCGUCUUAACCCUGAAGAAAUUGAAUUCCUCCUGAAGACUUCCACAGAUUAUGAAAAUGCCACUUAAGAAUUUCAGGACAAGGUGAGUUUCAUUAUAAAAAUUGUAUGAAUUCAAUCACAAUUUUGUUAAAAAUUCAAGCGUCACGCCAAAGAAUUCCCAUUUUCUUUCUCUACCCAUAGAAAAUCCCUGUUUUGAUGAGUAAUUUGCUGCUGAUUAUGAAUGGGACUGAAGGGGGUAAAAAAGAAAUAAUGCCUCUUUCAGUUGUUUAUUUAUUGAAAGGAAUAGAAAUGAUAUUUUUAAAACCACAAAACAUAAUUCUUCAAAGCUAUUUUACCUCCUGUUUAACUUCUGUCUAAUUAUGUAUAAAAACAUAUUGGUUUCAGAUUCAUCAUCUCCAGAUUCACCUAAUACUGCCAUUGAAGGUCAGACCAAAGAAACUUUUGAACCAUCAACUGAUCAGAAACCUAAAGGUGUUACUGUCUCCAACAUCCCAAAGUUAGUUGACAAUAAGAGAAGGCACAUGGAGAAAACCCUAUCCCAGGCACAACGAGACCAGCUGUUGAUGAAUACUGCCAAAGAAGACCUUCUUAUGAAGAGAGAAAUGGUGAAGUGUUUUGAACAAUCAAACAAAUCAUUGGAAGACUCCAUAUCCAAAAUGACCACCUGUUUAGCAUCUCUUGGAGAUGGUAUUGCCAAAGGGAUGCAAAUGAUGGCAAUGGCCUUGUCUGCUCAACCCCCUAACAGUACUGCACAUCCUGCACCUCGUGCACCUCAAGUAUACCCUCAUAUUAAUACAUACAAUGGGUUUCCAACACCAUUUGCAUAUGAAAACAUUUACACUCUAAACAGAAGUUAUGUACCUCCCCAUUUUACCAGAAUUGACAGUGAAGAAGUGGCACAGUCCACCAAUGUACGCGGACCAAUUUUGGGUGCCAGUCAGACACCAAAAGAAGAUAACAGCCGUGGGUGUUAG